UGCAAUCGGGCUAAAGACAGCAUCAUCGAAGGCAGUCGAGUGGUAAUGUUAGAGGAGCAUAAUAGGGGUCUCCGACUAAAUAGAGAUCUCACAGUCGGACGGUCAGGCGGAGGGGCCACACGUCUGAUCUGUAAUCUCGCUUAUAAAGGGAUCCUUGUUCCCGUUUGAAGGGAAUACACACCGACCAAACAAAAACCGACCGAGCAUUCACUCAUUGCUCGUAAUCCGACGAGUCCUCCGCUUCUGCUAGGCGAACUUUUUUUUGACAACUUGUUUUUUUUCGUUAGCCAAAUUCAAGAUAUUCGGUUCGAGCUUAAUUGCUUUCAUUUGUUUGUGAAAGAGCUUCACUUCAUUUUUCCCCACCGAGGACUGCACACGCUGUGGAAACUGAGAAAGAAAUUGUGCGCAACAUCGUUCAUUCAGCGGGAAUAAGGAACAAAGAGCUUCGUGCCGACAACAUUAGCGCUCGCCGGUGUCUCUCAGACUUCAGGGACGGACUGUUAUCUGGCAUACAGCGGACGAAGAGAAAACUAAAGACUGCAACUAAGGAGAACCCAGAGGCCCAUUCAUUUUCUCACCAACACGAGCUGUUUUGGUACUUCGGCAAGUGGAAUUGUAAUUUAGCCUAAUUAGACUACUGUCAGGAACGGGCGCCUCGUCAGAGUCAGACUGACUCGUGGCAGUUCUACUUCAGCCUGGCGAAGAGUUUCUGCCCAACUUCCUUCCAUACAUGCUAUAUAUUCAGUGUACUUUAAGUAUACUUUUCAUUCGAGGUUUACGCGUUUCUUCUCUCAAGCUGGGAAUGUGUUCACAAAGCUAAAUCAGCCUUCAACUCGUGUUGACUGGAGUUACCAUUGUUCUGUUUUGGAGAGGAGCGAGUUCCUUUGUCUGAGAGCGAGAUGAGCGUGAACCUCACAACACCCACGCUGCCUCUGCGACUGAAGCGAGUAGACUGCGAGGACUCCCAAAGCACAGAGACGCUGAAGUGUAAGCGCCGCAGGUUGAGCCAGCCCCCCUCCCCUGGCCUGGCCCCCUGCCUUCGACCCCUGACCCAGAGCUCAGAGCAUGCGGGCCCAGAAAACCACCGUGUGUCCUCCAUUGGGCCCUAUGUUCUGCUGGAGGCCAUAGAGGGCACACAAACGUACAGAGCUGUCCACCGUGUCACAGAGCAGCAAUAUACCUGUAAGGUGUUUUCUAUGAGGAAGUACCAUGAUCUCAUUGCUCCGUACACCCGACUGCUGCCUCAUGACAACAUCUGUAAGAUAUCUGAGGUGAUUAUGGGGGAGCAUAAUGUGUAUGUCUUCUUCGAGCGCAACUAUGGCGACAUGCACUCAUAUGUGCGCACCUGUAAGAGGUUACAAGAGGACGAGGCUGUGCGUCUCUUCAGGCAGAUGGCAUCAGCGGUUGCACACUGUCACGAAAACGGUGUCGUUCUCAGAGACCUCAAGCUGCGCAAGUUCGUCUUUGCCGAUGCACAAAGAACAAAGCUGGUCUUGCAGAACCUGGAAGACUCCUGUCUUCUCAAUGGAGAUGACGACUCUCUCACAGACAAGCACGGCUGCCCAGCCUACGUUGGCCCAGAGAUUUUGAAUUCGCGCCACUCAUACUCAGGGAAGGCGGCAGAUAUCUGGAGCCUGGGAGUGGUUCUUUACACCAUGCUGGUGGGACGCUACCCCUUUCAGGAUGUGGAGCCUGCAGCGCUGUUCAGCAAAAUCCGCAGGGGUGCUUUCACCAUCCCAGAGACUCUGUCCCCCAGGGCCAAAUCUCUGGUGUGCUGCAUGCUGAGGAAGUUGCCCUCAGAGCGGCUGGAGGCCCCAGAUAUUCUGCUGCACCCUUGGCUGCACUGUAGCACCACAGUCAUCUCUAGUCAGCACCCUAGCUCCAGGCAUUCUGCAGACCAAGUGGUCCCGGACUUUGACAAGAGUGAGGACGAGGACUGCUAUUGAGGCUGGUAGAGUGAGCGUUCUCUCUCUCUCACACUCACCCUCUCACCCACCUGUGUUGGCUGGCACCGUAGAGAGUCCCUGCAGAGACUUUAGAGGGUGUGCAGCAGUCAAGUACAGGAAAAGGCUGAGAAGAUUUCAGAUUCCAAAAAAAGGUGAACAGCUUUAUUGCUGUUUGUCAUCAGGCAAAGAAUCUGAGAGGCUUCAGUCAGGCUUUCUGGCCAUUGUGGUGAAGUAGAUACAGGACCACAAUGCUUUGAUAGCCUUCUUAUUGCAUCUGGGAACUACCUAUGCUGAUGUGGUCUCAUCAGGAGAAAACAACCAAGGGCUGUGAAAAUUUGAAAGACUUAAGUUGUGCAUCGGCCGCUCUGCAAGCAGAUUUGUCGUUCAAAGCACAACUGGACCUUCCUCAACCCGUCAGACUUGUGCAAAGACAUUCACUUCAGCAGUAUUGUGAUUUCCAUGUAUAUAUGUCAUACAGUGUACAUUCACGUUGUUGGAGAGACUUUGAAUCACUUGUCUGACACCUCUAACU